CACCGGAGCUAUGAUGCUUUGGGCAGUUGUCUUGGUUACUCGGGAGCACCGUCGACUCCUUCUUGCUCGACCGACUUCCCCAGGGGUUCCCCAUUGUCACCGCCCGUGUUCCUGAAAGAGAGCGUGAGUGCAGCCCGAUUGAUCUUGACCAGCAUUGUUGUAAGUUGCAGCCUCCCUGUGCAACGCCCUCGAUCCCUGUCGCGCCGUCGUCACUGCUUGUACACAAACAAAUUGGCCGGGUUUCAGGCGCGGCCACGGCCAUCUCCCACGUAUCCUAUAUCCCAUUGCUCCCACGCCGGCCACCCAAGCACGCCAUUGCCGAUAGCCACCACUGACGAUCGCCUCGUCCCAUUGCAGCCAUGUCCAACGGUGUGCGCAACCUCCGCGCCAUGUUCGAGAACGGCAACGCCGCUGCCUCGCCUGAGCCCCGCGGCCGCUCCCCGACAGACAACGCAGCCGCGACCGAGGGCGAGGAGCGCCCCAAGUCCAAGGUGCGCGCUUCCUUUGUCUCGGUCGAGCCAACCGCCGCCCACGCCUCGACCGACCUCGGCCAGACCAAGGGCACGCCCUCCAACAGCGUCAACGCGACCCGGCGAGAGAGCUUCCGCGUGAGCCACGACAAGACGGACGAGCUGGCCGAGCUCAAGAAGGUCGUCAGCGAGGAGAAGGAACAGCGCCGCCAGAGCAUCGCCAUCCCCGAAGCCGUUCCCGAGCAGGCCGUCGCGUCGCGCGAAUCCUCCAUGCCCGCUCCGCCUAUCCGCGACGAGACACCUACAAACAUGCCCAACCUGGGUUCUAUCAUGAAGGGCUCCAACUUUCCCGAGUCUGCUGCCGACGUCGUUGUGCCUGCUCCUGAGAUGGAGGAAAUUCCAGUCCACGAGACACCAGUCGAGUCUACAGAGAGCGCCGUCGAGGCCGCUCCCGUCCCCGCGCCCGAAGCAGCUCCUGCCCAGCCUGCCGAGAACCCGGAUAAAGCUACUACAGGCGCGCAGGAGGAUGUUGUCCUGCGACCGGCCGCGCCCACCGAGGAGGCUGUUGUGGAAGAGGACAAGCCUGCUCUGGCGGAAGCUGCCGUCGAUGACGACGCCGUUAUUGCUGAGGAGAACGCCAUCGCAGAGGAGGCUGCUGUCGUCGAGGAAGCUGCCAUUGCAGAGGAAGCCGAAGCUGCUGCCACCGAGGAGCCCUCUGCCCCGUCUCCAGCCGCUGCUCAACCCGACGAGCAUCCAGACAAGGCAGUGACGGGUGCUCAAGAGGAGCUUGCCCUACGACCCGCUGCGCCUACCGAUGAGGCCGCUGUUCCCGAUGCGACCGCUCCUGCGCCGGCAGAAGCAGCAUCAGCCCCGAGCACCGAACCUGCUUCGGAAGCAGCCACGCCUGUUAUGAGCAAGGCCAAGGCCAAUGGAACUCCUGGGCUCAAGAAGCCCGAGAUCAGGAAGCCCGCUGCCAUCUCGACUGCCAAACCUACCAAGGCUCCCGCCGCACCUGCCAAAAGCCCGCUACCUAAAGCAGCACCCAAAACCCCUACGAAACCCAAGACAGCCGCACCCACUAUCAAGCCUAGUCCAGCUGCGAAGACCAUAAAGCCAGUGGCCCAGCCAAAGCCAGCAGCCCCCAAGGAGCCUGUCAAGGCCCCCGUUGCAAAGGCCCCCGCAACAAAGGUUCCAGCCGCAAAGGUUCCAACUGCUAAGACCAGCCGCACCUCUCUGCGACCUGCACCAUCUUCGUCCUCAGCGACGGCACCCACCGCUGCCGCUGCCUCGAAGAUCAAGCCUGCGGCCGCACCUGUGGAAAACAAGAAGCCUGCCAUUCCCAAGCCGACCACUUCCGCCCCUCGCAAAAGCACGUCCCCAACAGGCUUUAAGAAGCCAACCCCAAAGUCUCCUACUCGUCCAGUCGGUUUACCAACCCGUCUGACUGCGCCGACGGCUGCCUCGGCUGCCAAACAUGGCGAGGAGCCCAAGGUCACACGCAAGCCCUCCACCAACACUCGUCCUACACCAAAGGCUCCGGCACCAAAGACUUCGCGCCCCUCCAUCGCACCCCCUGCGCCCAAACGACCUGAAUCGCGCACCUCAACCGCAAGUGCUGCCCCCAAAGGAGGCUUCCUCGAGCGUAUGAUGCGACCCACGGCCGCCAGCUCCAGCAAGACACACGACAAGCCCCAUGAAAAGCCGUCAUCACCACCGCAUAAGGCUCCUGCCGCCUCCAAGAUCGGCACUCUACAAAAGGGGAAGAAGAAGGCGGAAGAGGUCGUAUCCAAGGCCAAGGCAGUGGUAACGAACGGAAAUUCUGAGGAGCACAAGGAUGGAGAUGAGCCCGCAAAGGAAUCUGAACAUGACGAUCGGACAACCGAGGAGCCUACCGCCAACGAGCCAUUACAUGAAUCGGAGAAACCAGCCACUCCAGUUCAAGAGGUAGACUCGUCAGUUGCAGAACUUCAGACACCGAACUUCCCAGAGGAGACAGUCCGGUAGACGAGGGCCAUUGUACCUCUGACCUAGGUGUAUACAAUUCUCAAGUCGUAUUCCUGCAACACUUGGUCAAGUCUUAGUUUGCCGUACAAUGCCAUCUUUCACAGUUAUGGACGAUAUUCUGUACGCGAAGCUGCCUGGCUUCCAUCUUCUUUCACUUCUCAACAGCAUUUUCUGGAGCGAUUGUUUGGCGUAACUGAUAUUCGGGCGGAUACCUAAGGAUGUGGAGCGGAGGUGGGUUUGGAUAGGACUAUUGCGUGCAUAGUUGUUCUUUAGCGAUAAGCUUCGCAGAUUCUGGCAGACAUCACUAUUAGAUUACAAUCCCAUUCUUCACUCCA